ACAACUGGCUAUUAGUGAUGGGCUGUUGUAGUAGUUGUUGUAGUAGUGACAGCAAAAUUGAUUCCAAGAAAUAUCCAAAUCUGUACAAAGCGUCGAAAAUGACUAAAACAGCGUUUCAUCGCUCGGACAUCACUAUACAGACAGUGAAGAAGUUGACGACUAGAGCGCAACAGGAUAUGGCUAAAGCCAAGAGUCCAGAGGGUGUUGUAGAGAUUUUUUCGCCCCCGUAUAGUGUGGUCGAUAAGAUCACAGACAAUGUGUAUCUGACGGGCGCUGGAGGUAUGAUACGCGAGAAUAUAGUGGGCCUCAGGAUCUCAUGCAUUAUUAACGCCACGUAUGAAGUGCCCAAUUAUGACGUUAAAGGGCUCGAAUGCAUUAGAGUUCCCAUCGACGACACGCCCGAAGACGACAUUUCUCUCUAUUUGGAAGAAGUGGCGGACAAACUGAAUGAAGUGGUGUCUAAAAAUCGGAGAGCUAUAGUCCAUUGUGUGGCCGGAAAAAGUCGCUCUACUUCUCUAGUUUUGGCUUAUUUAGUGAAAUAUCAGAAAAUGACUUUAAAAGAGGCGUUCAUUCAUUGUAAUAAGUGUCGAGAGUUGUGUCAACCAAACCCCGGUUUCUUCAAAUCACUCAUAGAAUUUGAGAGAAAAAUUUUAGGAAAAACUUCCGUUAAAAUGACAUUUAUAACAAUUAAAGGCGAAAACAAAGAGAUACCAGACAUUUAUGCGGAUCUCUUCCAAGAAAUGGCUUUAUCGACAGCAAUGGAAACCAGAGAUGCGGCCAAAAAGAAGAGCAUUUAUGAGUUGUCCGGAAGGAGUCGUUUGGCCUCAACUACAGAAACU